AUGUCUGAAUUGCUGCACAGCGAUGCAAGUGAUGGUCAAAAGUCCUUAGUCCUGUUCAAUCUAGGAGGCGUGGGGAAAACACAGAUCGCGCUUGAGUUUGCCUAUCGAACCGAGCAUAAUUUUAGCUCUACGUUCUGGAUCGAUGGCUCGACUCAAGAGACAGUAUUUUAUAGCAUUCGCGAUAUCCUGAAGUCGAUAACAAGCUAUUAUAGAACAAACGGAUUCGAGACCGAUAAUCCACGCUUUCAAACACUAAAGGAGGCACUCAGUUUACCAGGAGACAAAGACUGGAGAUACGACAGCGGCUACGAAAAGAGCAGAUUCGAACGCCUGAGGGAUGCCUUUCGCCAGUGGUUAUCCUAUAGCGAGAAUAGAAACUGGCUGGUGAUACUCGACAACGUCAAUGAUCUUGAAUUAUAUGACUUUCGCCAGUUGUUGCCAGUGAAACCCUGGGGCUCGGUGCUAAUCACAACUACAAGAACUGACCUUACUGUCACCUGGAAAUCAGUUGAAGUGCUGGAGAUGGAUGAGUCCGAGUGUGUCGACCUCUUAAGGAAGACAUCAGGCUUAGCUCUGAAGCCCAAGAGCGAAGAGGUGCAGUCUGCGAAGGUUCUUAGCAAUCUUCUCGGGUACCUUCCAUUGGCCAUCGCGCAAGCCGGGUCUUACCUGAAAGUCAACAAAAAUGAGACAGUUGAGCACUAUCUGGAUCUGAUGAAGGAAAACCCAGUCGGACUGCUUGGCUGGAUUCCUCGAGGCGCGGCUUGCUUGGGGAUACAGGAAUGA